AACCAGACUAUAAAUGAGUGGCUACAAGUCUAGGAAUAGUGUAUAAGAAGCAGUGAGUGAAUGCAGUACUGUAGGCCUACACUUCCAACUGAUCUUCCAACUGAAUACAGGAUGAGUAUGAUGACCACGGCAUCUUUUCUCUCCRCAGCUCUGCUGUUGCUGGUUCCUGGGAUCCUGACUGAAAAGGCAUAUGGACCAAACCCUAUCAAGUUGACGAUAGUCAACAGCAUCUCCAAUGCACCCAAUGAGACCUACAGUGCUGACGUUGUGUUCAGAGGGAUCCUACUCGGUGCCAUGAGGAGACUGCAGCAGACCAAUGCAGACUUCAAGUUUACCUACACAGAGGACCCAAACUAUGGUCCUUUCCUGGAGAGUGUGAAUGGUGUAGCCGGGGACAAUGCUGAGCACACUUAUUGGGAGCUCCUUGUUCAGACUGGGACGAAUGGACCUGUGAUCAGACCUGAUGUAUUGGCUGUUACAUCCCAGAACCAAAUGACCGCAUCAUCCUGAAUUUUACAAAAUGGUGAACAUUCAGAAGCCCCUGACUGAUACUGUUUUAUUUGAAAAAGUGCUGUAAAGCAAUUGAUUAUAUUUGUCAUGAAAGGGAUAACGAUUCCAAUCAUUUGCAGUACACUAUUAGAAACAAGGGUUCCAAAAGGGUUCUCCAGCUAUUCCCAUAGGGGAACCCUUUUUGGUUCCAGGUAGAACUCUUUUGGGUUCC